AUGAAACUCAGACGCGGCUUAGAUUUGCCAAGACGCCAUUUUCUCAGUGAAUGGGGUCGCUGUCACGUGACUCAGAAGGACAGGGAGGACUUUAUGGCCGAAUUUCGAACCAUGACGAACAUCGGAUAUCAUCCCAACGUCGUAGCACUUCUUGGCGCAUGCCAACGGGAAGAUGUCCUGUACGUUGCAUUGGAGUUCCUUCCCAACGGUGAUUUGCGCAGCUUUCUGAGGAAGGCCCGCCUACAGUCAGAGUCAGAUGAGGAUGCCUUGUCGUCUGGCCAGCUGGUGGCUUUUGCUUUAGAUGUUGCCAAGGGCAUGAAUCACCUUGCCACAUCCGGGGUUAUUCAUCGAGAUUUGGCAGCAAGAAACAUUCUGCUUGGACGGGGACUGGUGGCGAAAGUUGGCGACUUUGGGCUUUCUCGAGGAGAGGAUGUCUACAUUCAAACAUCCACGAGACGCGUUCCUACCCGUUGGCUGGCUGUUGAGUCAAUCAACCUUCGCAUCUACACCACAAAGAGUGAUGUAUGGUCGUUUGGAAUUCUGUUGUGGGAAAUUGCCACUCUUGGAGGAACUCCCUACGCAGACAUCCCCACUAAGUCCCUGUCGACUCAGCUCUUGUCUGGCUACCGCAUGGCCAAGCCGAGCAAUUGUAGUGAGGAAAUCUACUCCCUGAUGCUGCGGUGCUGGGAGGAACAGUCAGACAGGAGACCCUCCUUCAAGGAACUGAUCUCCAUCUUGACUCAGAUGGACGACAAUAAGAUCGAACACACAUAUAUGGAGGUGAAUCGAUGCCAUUACGAGAACUUCAGUGUGAUCCGACCAGAACGUGAUGAUAACUAAUGGAGCGCACCACAUGCCUACCAGGGCCGUUUGAAAACAAGUCACAGACAUCCACUCUAAGACAAGUAGACUUUUUGUCAGAGAGCUCAAAGUUGCCUGGAACAAAGACGAUGUCUAGAAAAGGUUUUUUAAACAAUACUUGGUCUUUUGUUGGAGAUUAUGUGUCGGUAGUAAUUUCUAAGAACUUUGAAGUGUUUACCUGUAGGUAGCAAAACUGUUCAUGUCAGCAGGUUUGUUGAUCCAAAUGGAAUGUAAAUACCUUCCACCAUUUUUUCGGGGCUCAAGUUUUAACAAGCUUUUUAUCAUGUAUCAAUUGUAACAUAUUUAAUAUACAUGUUUUUAUCUCUGCGAACGGAUUAAGACCGUUCCUGAAAAUCUAUUUAAAACGUACUUUAUUCCGUGGCCUGCACAUCUUAUUGCCCGAACCUGUUCGCUCCUUCGUUUAGAAAUAGAAAACAAAACGCUAAUAGAGAUUCGCGGAUGCUGCAGUCCAUAUGACAUAGGAAGUAACUAUACAUGUAGGCCUACUUUGAUUAAGUGUGUAAAA